AUGCAAGGCGUCAAUUCGCAGCAGGAGGUGGUUGCGACUGAAGAACUCGAUGAUCCGGUUGGAUUGGCUAUUUCAGGCGAUCGUAAUCCAGGUUGUCGUGCAUCUGUUCAAUUUGAUUUAGAUGAGAAUGGGAUGUGGACUGUGACAAAGCACCAGAAGCUUCAUAAUCAUGAGUUUGUUCCAACAACAAAGAGUUAUCUUCUACGGUCACACAGAUCAGUGUCUAGAAAUCAUCUUUCCUACCUAAAUGAUUUGAAGAAGAGCGGUGUUUCUGUGGCUGAUGGUUUACGGUUUCUUAAAACACAAUCAGAAGGGUCACCACUCGUUGGUUUUACAAGCAGGGAUGCCUAUAACUCGUUGUGCACUGAUGUAUUGAACAAUUUGGAUGGAACCGACUCAAACACAUUAAUUGAAAUAUUUAUACAAAGGCAGUCAAGUGAAAAGGAUUUUUUCUUUGAUUUUGAAGUGGAUGAUGAGUCAAGGUCAUUUUUAAGAUCAAUGAAUCGGAAAAGUCCCCAAAGCAUAAUGACUGAUCAAUGCGCUGCCAUGGCUGCUGCUAUUUCCCAAGUUUUUCUAACCUCAAGACAUCGCCUAUGUAUAUGGCAUAUCGAGGCAGAGUUUGAGCUUUAUUGGACAAGGAGUGAAACCACAAAUCACUCUAUUUCUAGAAGGUUAUCCAAGACUGCUGGGCUAUGUGAUUUCUAUAGCUCCUUUGUUGGUGUUGUUUCGGAGUGGAGGAGUAGAGAGAACGGGGAAGAUGUCCGGUGUUCCCAAGGUGUACCUACAGUGGCUAUGGAUCACAUUAAGAUUAUUUCACACGCUAGGGAUAUUUACACGAUUGAGAUAUAUUACUUGUUCGAAGAGCAGUUUUUGAAAGGGGCAUCAUGCUAUCAAGAGUGUGUUCUAUUUGAAGCUGGUGUGUAUAAGUAUCACGUCUGGAGGCCCGAGGUUGAUAUUAUUAGGCAUGAAGUGAUUUUUAACGUUAGAGAGUUAGAUAUUUGGUGCAGUUGCAAGCUGUUCACUGAAACCGGGAUCUUAUGUUGUCACUGUUUACGCAUUUUAAACGUGCAUUGUGUGUCUGAAGUUCCAAAUAAAUAUAUUUUGAAGAGAUGGACUAAAAAAGUUUUGGAAGACGAGAAUGCUGGUAUUAUCCCCCCAUCUCAGUGCUUUAAUGUUCCCUCUUCUGUUUGGACAUUAGAGAUCACUAGGAAAUUUCAGAAGUUGAUUGUUUAUUGCCAAGAAAACAGCGAAGCACGCAAAAUUUUUGAGCAAGCAGUGUUAGAUGCCAAGAGAAAAGUUGAAGAUGAGUAUGACCCUAUUUUCUUCGAAGGUGAAGAUUGUGAUGUGGAAUCGUCGAGCGGUGUUAUAAAGGAUCCAUCAAACAGGCGGUUGAAAGGGUUACGUAAUAGAAGGGUGACUAGUGUGAUUGAAAAAAAAUACAAGAAAGCAAGGGGUCGAAACCAGCUUGCUCAUAUAGCUGCAUCUAAAACAAAAUCGGUGGGGCAGUCUCAAGUUGAAGAUGUUAUUUCUAAUAUUGCUGGUAAUGGAUAUCUGGUGCAUCCAAUGUCUGGAGGUUCAAUUUUAUGUCAUUUUAGGUCAAAUGCAAAUCAAGAAGACAAUCAGAGUGUGUCUUAA